AUGUCUGCACAACUGACACCUCACAGAGCAGACUUGAUCAGAAUCGUCUCAAGGGAUCAGCCAAACGCUAGCAGUGUUCAGAGCUCAUAUCCAACUUCUCUUGGUGCUACCAUUCUGAUGUGGGGUAUACCACAAUCCACUCAAGUGGUACCUUGUAUUCAAAGCCAGUGUUACUUUGUCCUUAACAACCACCUCCUCAACACCUUUACUCAGGCCUGGGCACACUCACUGCAUGCUAGACUUCAUUCAGCCAACCCCAAUAUACUAGCCCGUGGACCAAAAACUUUUUGUGGACCGUCACAGAAGCAAAUGUUACCCUAUGAUCUAAGGAUUGUGCCAGAUAUUAAGAGCUAUGAAAGCACUCGUGCAUGCAAGAUGAUAAAAAUCAGCUGUUGA